AUGGGUAAUUCUCAAUCUCUUAAUCUUCAACCACCAGGAUCCGGUAAAGACGAUAAGAGUAAAGAUGAUAAAGAUAAAGAUAAAAAGAAAAAAUGGGAGCCACCACUUCCCACACGUAUGGAACGUAUAAAGGAUUAUUUAUUAAUGGAAGAAGAAUUUGUUCAAAAUCAAGAAAGAUUAAAACCACAAGAAGAAAAAGCACAAGAGGAAAGAACAAGAGUUGAUGAUUUGCGUGGAUCACCAAUGGGAGUUGGUACAUUGGAAGAAAUUAUAGAUGAUGACCAUGCGAUUGUUUCAUCUUCUACAGGUCCAGAAUAUUACGUUAGCAUUUUAUCAUUUGUUGAUAAAGAUCUAUUGGAGCCUGGAUGCUCAAUUCUUUUGCAUCACAAGGCCAUGUCUGUUGUUGGAGUACUCCAGGAUGAUACGGAUCCAAUGGUCAGUGUUAUGAAACUUGAGAAAGCGCCCACUGAAUCAUAUGCUGACAUUGGUGGAUUAGAACAACAAAUCCAAGAGAUUAAAGAGUGCUGA